AUGUCCGAUGAUUUCUUCAACUCUUUUGAUCCGCGAGCAACGAAUCGAGAACAUGAGACAAAAGCUCCCAUUAUCGUAGCGGUCCACACUAGCCUGCUGGUUAUCGCGCUUAUUUUGUACAUCUGCCGCAUGGUCUCCAGGUCGCGACCAACUUUCAACCUCCACUGGGAUGAUUAUCUGAUCACCAUUGCGAUGGUCCUGGUUCUAAUAAGCUAUUCGAUCAUGAUAUACACCAUUACGCUUGGCUAUGGACGACGUUUCGAAUUAAUCACUGAUGGGACCCAGUACGUCAAGAUGAUUUGGGUCACUCAGGUCCUUUGGCAAUGGGGAUUGACUUUCAUCAAGCUCUCCGUUGCAGCAAUGCUUCUUCGGAUUCAAAGGGCUACUGUCUGGAGAAUUGGCAUGAGUGCAUGCAUAGUAUACCUCGUCGUAUUUGCCGUCGUCACGAUGUCCUUACAGUUGACUGAGUGCAAACCACUUGAGUUCUAUUGGAACAAAUCGAUCAUCCAAGGAACUUGCCGGUCUCGACACGACGUCUGGAAGGCGAUCUUGGCGACGUCGAUUGCCAUCAUAUUUUCCGACGUCCUAUUUUCGCUCCUCCCUCUCACCUUCAUCUUUUUACUCAACCGCCCUCUACGAGACAAGUUAGUUCUCGCCUUUCUCAUGGGUCUGGGGCUACUCUGUGCAGUUGCUGGUAUCCGGAAGUUGUUCUUCAUCUCGGUUGUCCAACCCCAGCAGGAUAUGGCAUGGGACGCGGUCGAGAUGGGAUUGUGGGCUUCCGCCGAAUCAUAUAUCGGCAUCAUGGCCGCGUGUAUCCCCUGCCUUCGUGCGAUGUUCGAGAACGGACUCAAGAAAAUGGGCAUAUCUCUCACAUCACCCCGGGCGACACAGCGAAGCACCAUCGGUGGAACAAAGCCGUCAGGACGGUUCGCACUGACUUGGGACACCACUGAAAGAUACUGUACAUAUCUUAUCCAUUAUAAAAUUCUACUUCCGUCCGAGCAACACAUCUCCUAGUCCUCAGCAACUUGGCUAUCCAUUACUUCAUCCCAGAGGUUCCUCCACUCUUCUCGCCGCCAGAAACCGGCCCCUUAGUGAAACUAAUACCUGUCAGCGACAUGUAUUUACCGGGACAUAACCCACAUCGGUUGU